AUGUCUAAGGAGUACUUUUCAAAUGAGAUGCUCUACUUGCCUGCCCUACGAUCUUCUAAACCAUACUCGAGGGACCUACAGAAGCAGCUAUUCUUGAUGCUUCAACAUUGCAGGAGCAUGCAACAACUUAGUCAGUUGCAUGCGAAAUUGGUUGUUAAUGGCUUCUUCUACAAAAAUGUACUCAUCACGAAACUUCUCUCCUGCUGCAUUGCAUCUGGGAACAUAUCCUAUGCAUCUCUAGUGUUUAACCAGGUUCUGGAACCAAAUACCACCCUCUGCAACCAAAUGAUCAGGGCAAGUUUUCGUAGUGAUGUGCCUGGGAGAUCCCUAUACAUCUACAAUAGAAUGAGAAGUAAGGGAGGGAGAGAAGAUACACAGCCGAAUAGUUACACCUAUGCCUUCCUCCUUGCAGCAUGCACCAAGGCAGGGCCAAAUUUCUUAACACAAGGGGAACAGUUGCAUUGUAGGGUUAUAUCUGGUGGCUUUGGUUCCAGCAUUUAUGUCCAAACAAAUUUAAUUAACAUGUAUUCUGGCACCUCUAGUGAUGGCAUUUCUAAGUCCCAUAUGAUAUUUAAAGAGAUAGUCAAUCCAAAUAUAAUAUCAUGUAAUUCCAUGUUGGCUGGAUUUCUGAGGUCUGGCAAUGUGCUAUUAGCGAAUCAGUUUUUCCAUGACAUGCCCGCUAAGGAUAAAGUUUCAUGGACUACUAUGAUUGCAGGCUAUGCCAAGACUGGAAUGAGUGAUCAAGCACUCAAAUGUUUUAGUCAGAUGAGGACUCAUAUAAAGCCUGAUCAGGUUACGAUGAUCGCUGUCCUGACUGCAUGUGCGAACUGGGGAGACUUGGAACUUGGUCGCUUGAUGCAUGGUUAUAGCUGCCAAAUUUUGCAUGGACAAAAAUGUUUGGUGAAUCUGAAUAAUGCUCUAAUCCACAUGUAUGUGAAAUGUGGAGCCAUCGAUGAUGCUUUUCAGGUCUUCACCCAAAUGUCUCAGAAAAACACUGCCUCGUGGACGACUAUGAUUGCAGGACUUGCAAAACAUGGUUGUGGCAAUGAAGCAUUAGAUCUCUUUCAGAGAAUGCAGGAAAAUGAUGUGGAGAACGAGAAGCCUGAUUGGUUAACCUUUAUUGCAGUCCUAUGUGCAUGCAGUUACCUAGGUAUGGUGGACAAGGGGCUUUUCUACUUUGAGCAGAUGAUUACAAAUCAUCGAAUCAUACCAAGGAUGGAGCAUUAUUGCUGCAUCGUCGACAUGCUCAGUCGAGCAGGACACUUAAAUCAAGCUCUAGAGAUGAUAAAAAAGAUGCCAAUGGAACCUAAUUUUGCUAUUUGGGGUGCUUUAUUGGGUGGCUGUUGGAUACACAAGGAUGUAAAACUUGCUGCUCAGAUAAUUGACAAACUUAUGGAGCACGAACCGGAUAAGGUGGCUGGCCACCUUAUCUCAGUAUCCAAUAUAUAUGCUGCAGCUAUGAAGAGAGGUGUUAGUCAAGAAUUCAGGGAGAUGAUGUUGGAAAUGAGCAUUAGAAAGCCCACAGCAAGUAGCUUAAUAUAUAUGCAAGGAGGUAAUGUUUGA